AUUCCACAAUUUGUAUUAACAACUUACCAAAAAUGGAAACAACAACAGUUGAAGUAGACAACACAAUACUACGGUGACUCAAAAUAAAACCGAGAGUGGAAAAAAGGUCUUGCAGGCUACGAGAAUGUUGUCAAAAGAGUUGAGUAUUUCAUUAAAAACAUAUUAUACAGAGUGAGCUAAUUAUCUUACAACAACAUGCAAGCUUACUAACGAAGAACUCAAGUUUCUGACUAAAGCAGAUCCAUAGAAAAGAGUUGGGUCAAGUCAGAUAGAAAAAUGGCAUCAAAACCAAUUAUCCGCAGAACAAUAAGUACAAAUUCAGCACCGAAGCCAGUUGCACCUUACAGCCAAGCAGUUAAAAGUGAUCGCACUGUGUAUAUCAGCGGAUGUGUGGGUCUCGACAAAGAUACGGGAAAUCUUGUUGAUGGUGGUGUUCAAAAUGAGACUCGACAAGCGUUGAUAAAUUUGGGGAAUGUACUGAAAGCUGCUGGUUCAUCUUAUGAAAAAGUACUUAAAACAACUGUAUUUUUGGAUGAUAUUAAUGAUUUUAAUGCUGUGAAUGAAGUUUAUAAGGAAUUUUUCAAAAAUGAUUUUCCUGCUCGCACAGCACUUCAAGUUGGAAAAUUACCAAUAGGAGCUAAAAUUGAAAUCGAAGCUAUAGCAUCGACAGGUGAUGUGAUACAAGAACAAUCGCUUAUUAUUACAUUUCCUAGCUCUUAAAAUACUUGAAUAUUUAUUAUUCUUCAAAAU